AUGACACAUGGGAUUUGCACAGGUACUUUGAUAAAACCAUUGUACGUACUAACUGCUGCCCACUGUACGUGGGAUACAAUACCAUCACAGUACCAAGUAUAUGCUGGACCUAUUUUAGACCCUGAAGAUUUUGGACGGGUAUCCAAAAUCCACAUUCCCAAGAAAUAUAAAAUACACAGGCUAAACAGUAAACCUAGGACGGGAGACAUAAGUUUGCUUAAACUUAAACGCCCAUUCAAAAAUGUUAAGAAAUAUAUACAAAUUGGUGGAAACAAAAAAGAAUUUGCAGACCUCAACGCCAUAGAAUGUAUUUUAAUUGGAUUUGGUGGUAUGGAUACAAAGGGCACAUUAAACCCAGCAGGAGCUAUGAUGACCACUAAGGUCAGACAUGGUCAAGCAGCUUGUAAAAAUCCUAAUAACAUGGGCACAAGGUGGGCAGAAUAUUUAUGUGCGAUUACCCCAUUCCCGUCGAUGGUAUGUAAAGGAGACAGCGGUGGUCCAAUGAUUUGCAAUGGAAAGCUCUAUGGAUCAUACUGUACACGUGUUCCUAAGCUAUCAUUCAAAAUGGAUAAAUUCUAUAAUAGAAAAGAAAAAGAAAAAGAAUUCCGGGAGUAUGCUUAA